CGAGCUUCACACUCUCACACCCUCUCAACGCCGGUAGGUUGUGGGCGGACCUGACAGGAUAAACAACCCAUCCGGAGCUCCGCGAUCACACGACGCGGAUGCAGGGACGCGAGAUGAAUGAGUUGGAGAUAGAGAGGAACGGCGGAAAAGUUGGGAGCAAGAAAGAGAAAGAUCAGAGCUGGAUACCCAAAAUAAUUAAGAAGCGAGUGUGCACCACUUUUGUGGAAGACUCUUUCAGUAAUGGAGCGCUGUGUCAGUGUGGUGGCGUGCGGGAUGUGCACGACUCUGUGGCGACGGGGGACUUCUUCGGAGCAGCCAUUGUCACUCAGUGGGACAGCAAGCAGCACUCGUCGGAGUGUCCCACUGACGCCUUCGGAGAGCUGGAGUUUGCCGGUGCAGGACGCAGACACAGUCAUUUUCUGCGGCUGUCGUGCGACACGCCGCCUCAGAUCGUCUACACCCUCAUGACCGCUCACUGGGGGCUGCCCUCGCCCAAUUUGGUGGUGUCGGUGGUGGGGGGCGAAGGCCACGAGAAGGUCAAGACCUGGGUGAGAGACAUCCUGAGAAAAGGGCUGGUGAGAGCGGCACAGAGCACAGGGGCCUGGAUCUUGACGGGCGGCCUGAGGGAGGGUGUGGCCCGCUGCGUAGGUGAGGCUGUGAGGGACCACGGGGCCGCGGCUCCAGCUCUCUCUCAGAAGAAAGUGAUUGCGAUAGGACUGGCCCCCUGGGGCCUCGUGCACAACAAGCAGCAGCUGGUCAACGCCCAGGGGAGCUUCCCGGCUCGUUACUACGUCCAGAACACGUCACGUGACUCGUGCUGCCUGGACAACAACUGUCAGGCUUUCCUGCUGGUGGACGACGGGAGUGUCGGCCGUCGGGGGGGAGAGAUGGCCUUUCGUGCAAAUCUUGAGGACUACAUUUCGCAUCAGCGCACUGGCAUUUGGGGCAGUGGCAGCAUUGAAAUCCCGGUGCUUUGCAUGCUUAUCUCAGGGGACGCCGAUAUGCUGGAGAGAUUAGAUGCCUCUCUGAGGAAAUCUACGCCCUGGCUGGUCCUCGCUGGUUCGGGUCCAGCUGCAGAUCUUAUCAGCGAGCUGGUGGACAAUCUCGUUGCCCUCAGUCCCACCCCUCCCCUACCCGACGGGGAGGCGGCUGAGGUUCUCAGCCCGGAUCUCCGAGACAAGUUCCGCGACAAGGUCCGGAAGCACUUCCCAGCCGCGGCCGAUCUGGAGAACCUGGUGGACAGGGCCUUGAGUAUUUAUCAGAACAGAGAGCUCAUCACCGUCUUCCACGGGGAACAGGAAGGUUCAGACGACUUUGAUACAGUUCUCCUCAAAGCUCUCGUUAAAGCCAGUAAACGUGUGUCCAGUGAUGCGAGUGAAUACACAGAGGAGCUGAAACUGGCCGUGGCCUGGAACCGGGUGGACAUCGCCAAAUCCGAGCUCUUCAACGGAGACAUACAGUGGAAGUAUGAAGACUUGGAAGACUCCAUGACGGACGCACUGGUCAAUGACAAGCCCCAGUUUGUGCGUCUCUUCUGCGAGAACGGUCUGAACAUUCUGGACUACCUGACAUACCAUCGCUUGGAAAGCUUGUAUCGCUCGCUGUCAGACAGUUCACUGGCCUACGUUCUUCUCCAGAGACGUCUAAGUGAGAGGCAGGACCUGGCUGGAUCCCUGGCCAACGUAGACGGAUCUGUGUCAAUGCCUCUGAAUAGGCCUCAGAGUGCUCUGACCGGACCCGCGUCAGCCAUGGAGCUCAGUCUGUAUGAGGUAUCCCGUCUGCUGUGGGAUCUAUUGAAUGAUGUCUGUCAGCCUUUCUACUAUGGACCUCUCGGCCUUGACCCCAGCGUCAGCACCAGGAGAGCCAUCAAGCAUGUCAACAAAAUGCUGCUGGGCGAGUGUGUGUACCGAGGCCAGCGGUGCCUCUCACCCUGGGCAGCCCUCUUCAUCUGGGCCGUCUUACAGAACCGCAGUGAGAUGGCUAUUUACUUCUGGGAGAUGGCGGGAGAGUCGGUGCUGAGCGCCCUGGGCGGCUGUAAGCUGCUGAGGGAGCUUUCUAAGCUCGAGAGUGAGACGGAGAACAAGCUGGCCAUGAAGGAACUGGCGCAGAGGUUUGAGAACCUGGCACAAGAUGUAUUUGGUGAGUGUUACCAGAACAGUGAGAGUCGCUCCUUCACCCUCCUCAUCAGGAGGUCUCCGGUGUGGGGAGGGGCCACGUGCCUGCAGAUGGCCACCGCUGCCGAUGCACGCCUGUUCUUCAGCCACGAUGGUGUUCAGUCUCUGUUGUCACAGAUCUGGUGGGGCGACAUGGAGAGGAGCACCGAGGUUUGGAAACUGGUCCUCACCUUCUUCCUGCCCCCACUCAUCUACACAGACUUUAUCAGCUUCAGGGAACAAGAAGAGGAGGUGAAGUCUGUAGCGGUCCUUCAAAACAGAGACUCUGACAGUUUGGACGGGAACGACGGCACCGUUUUCUCCCUCGCUGAUAUAAUACAAAAUGAGGAAGACGCAGAAGAGCUCAGGGCUCUAAGAGAAAACUUAGAAGGUUCUAUUCCACCCACCUCCAAGAGGCCGUUUAUUUUGUCCCGAUGGAGACAGUUCUGGUUUGCCCCCGUCACCUCGUUCCUCGGCAAUGUGCUGAUGUACUUCCUCUUCCUUUGCCUGUUCGCCUACGUCCUGCUGGUGGACUUCAAGCCGCCGCCCCCCGACGGCCCCGCCACCCUGGAGUUUGUGCUCUACUUUUGGGUCUUCACCUUGGUCUGUGAAGAAAUUCGACAGACCUUCUUCGUGGGCAGUUCGUUUGUGGUGCAGAGGAUGAAGAGCUACAUCCAAGACGUGUGGAACAAGUGUGACCUAACAGCCAUUUGUCUCUUCAUUCUGGCUCUGUGCUGCAGAAUGUUUCCCUGGUCGUACAAUUUGGGCCGAGCCAUGAUGGCCAUAGACUUCAUGGUCUUCACGCUACGUCUGAUCCAUAUCUUUGCCAUCCACAAACAGCUCGGGCCCAAGAUCAUUAUUGUCGGCAAAAUGGUGAAAGACGUCUUCUUCUUCCUGUUUUUCCUGGCCGUGUGGCUCAUGGCCUACGGAGUAGCCAACCAGGCUCUCCUCUACUCGUACGAUCCCCGUCCUAACUGGAUCUUCCGGCGCGUGUUCUACAGGCCGUACCUGCACAUCUUUGGACAAAUACCUAUUAACGAAAUGGAUGCUGAUAAAGUCGGGGAAAUUAACUGCACAGACGACGUUGAACUAAUAAAAGCCGGAGCGGAGCCCUGCAUGAGCACCUACGCCAACUGGCUGGUCGUCAUCCUCCUCGUCAUCUACCUGCUGUUCACCAACAUAGUGCUGGUCAACCUCCUCAUCGCCAUGUUCAGCUACACCUUCUCCAAAGUGCAAGAGCGCAGCGACACCUACUGGAAGUUUCAGCGCUACAACCUGAUCGUGGAGUACCACUCAAGGCCGUGCCUGGCGCCGCCGUUCAUCAUCAUCUCCCACCUGCACCUUUUUGUCAAGAGGCACAUCCGGCGCAUCCCCUCUGUCAAGAACCAACACUUUGUUCAGGAGCUGCGCGGCAGGAAGGCCAGUCGACUCAACACGUGGGAGGCUAUUCAGAAAGAGAACCUGCUCUCGGCUCAGAACAAGCGUCAGAGGGAGAGCGACACGGCGCGGCUUAAACGCACAUCUGUCAAGGUGGACACCGUGCUAAAGCAGAUGGCAGAGAUCCGUGACCACGACCGGCGGUUGCAGCUGCUGGAGACAGAGGUGGAGUACUGCUGCAGCGCCCUCUCCUGGAUGACUGAAGCUCUGUCUCAGAGUAACCUGAUUAAAGCCAGCCGCCCGCCUCCGUUCCACAGAGAUCUUUCUCCAUUGUCUCCAAGUUGACUCUAACUCCAGGAUCACGUAUGCAGGAGUUUCCUCAGGGUCAUUUUGUCAUUUUGCACAUUAUUGACUGAUCUGCCCUUCAUUUCCAGUUGUUUGUUUAUUUUGUCCACUACUCGUGGUGCAUUUUAUUUUUAUUUUUGCUUUACAAGUAGCUUGUUGUCAACAUGCAACAUACAUAGCUGUUUUUUUAUGUGUGUGUAACUUCCUACCACUAGGGGGUGUCAAAGUCUGCGAUUUGCAACAAAUGUGGGGUCUUUAAAAAUGUGAAGUCUGGUAAUUAACUGACAACGGAAGACAGUCAUUACAAUACAAGAUGAAAUGCUGUCAAAACCUGCAUUCACCACAACAACACCACUCAUUAUUUUUCAAAUGAGAUCACUUCUAAUGACAGAUCCACUAAGACCAUUUUAGUUUUUUGUUUUGCUCUGGGUUUCUGGUCUGCAACCUGCUUUUUAUCAACUCCCAGCAGAAAAGAUAAAUCCACUAAAUGGAGCAUUUAGCAGCUACAGGCUACUGUAUAUAUAUUGUAUAUUACAUAUGUAUAUCUUUUGAAAUAAAAGUCAAAAUCUAUCAGAGGUAA